AUGGGGACAAACACCCCCACUGUGCCACCUGAGGACAGGGAGCCGGGCGUCGCAGGGGGCUGCGGGGUUUGGGGCCAUCCCGCUGACGGGGGGUCGCCGCGCGCUCCUUCAGCCCCUGCGUGCGCAAAGCCUACAUUUACAUGUGGAGGAGUUGUAUCUGGAGAGUCAGGGUUUAUUGGGAGUGAAGGAUUUCCCGGAGUCUACCCUCCAAACAGCAAAUGUACUUGGAAAAUCACAGUCCCAGAAGGAAAAGUGGUGGUUCUUUCUUUCAGAUAUUUAGACCUAGAAAGUGACAACUUGUGCCGAUAUGAUUUUGUGGAUAUAUACAACGGCCAUGCCAAUGGACAACGCAUCGGCAGGUUCUGCGGUACUGUGAAACCGGGUGCCCUUGUAUCCAACAGCAAUAAAAUGUUGGUGCAGAUGACUUCAGAUGCAAAUACUGCUGGAAGCGGAUUCAUUGCGAAAUUUUCUGCAGCAGAACCACAUGAAAGAGGGGAUCAGUACUGUGGGGGACGACUGGAGAAGCCGUCGGGGUCCUUCCAAACGCCCAACUGGCCGGAGCGAGACUACCCGGCGGGAGUCACCUGCUCCUGGCACAUCGUUGCCCCGAAGAACCAGCUAAUAGAGUUAAAGUUCGAGAAGUUUGAUGUGGAGAGAGACAACUACUGCAGAUACGACUAUGUUGCAGUGUUUAAUGGUGGGGAAAUCAAUGAUGCUAAAAGAAUUGGGAAGUACUGCGGAGACAGUCCACCAGCGCCUAUUCUGUCUGAGAGAAAUGAGUUGCUUAUUCAGUUUUUGUCUGAUUUAAGCUUAACAGCUGAUGGUUUUAUUGGCCAUUAUAAAUUUAGGCCAAAAAAGUUACCCACAACUACAGUUCUGCCUACUACCACAACAGUCCCUGCUACCUCAAUUGUGAAACCUACAGUUGCCCUGUGCCAGCAAAAGUGUAAGAGGAGUGGGACUCUCGAAAGCAAUUAUUGUUCAAGCAACUUCGUAAUAACGGGAACUGUAAUCACAGCAAUAACGCGGGCUGGCAGUCUGCAUGCAACAGUAUCAAUCAUUAAUGUAUACAAGGAGGGAAAUUUAGCAAUUCAACAAGCUGGCAAGAGUAUGAGUGCCAGGAUUAUUGUUGUAUGUAAGCAGUGUCCUCUCAUCAGAAGAGGUUUAAACUACAUCAUCAUGGGCCAGGUAGAAGAAGAGGGCAGAGGCAAAGUCUUUCCCAACAGCUUUGUCAUGAGUUUUAAGACUAAGAACUCAAAGAUCCUAAAUGCCUUGAAAAAUAAAACAUGUUAA